AUGGGCAAGGGUCCUAGCCACUGCGUCAAGGUCUUGAUACCGGACGUCAAUCUUCUCCUGAAUCUGCAGCGGUAUGCUUAUCAGAGCCGGCUCAAAAUGUUCUCCAAAAUGGGCAAGUGGUUUUCGUCAUUUGAACACCGCGCCUCCGAGGCCAGCGGAUAUGGCAGAGGUGAAGGGUGCUCUGGUGUCGUCCUCAUGCCUCUUUCACUCGCCGAGAAGGAGGGCUAUUCAAUCCGUGCCGUCAUCCGGAACUCUGUUGUCAACCAGGACGGCAAGACACAGAGAAUCGGUGCACCGAGUGCUUCAGCGCAGCCGGCUGCCAUUAAGACGGCCUACUCCCAGAUCGGUCUGCCACCGUGGCGGAAUAUCUGA